AUCCAGACCAUUGGGAUUUUACCUCUUCUUUUCCUGUCCUAAGACAAGGGAAACUGUUGGCUUUUGGAAGCGCAGCGUGAACCACUCUGCCUGCAGAUCUGAAAAUAGUUUGUGCAUUUGAAAUCUCCACCCAGCCUCUGAAUGCACCCUCCUCAAUGAAACUGUGCUUGAGGGGGAUGGGAUGAAGGAGUGAAGUUGAUUGGAGGAGGUUCGAAACAGUUUGUGUUUGGUCAGAGCAGAAGGAAUUCGGUCGAAGUGACUUGUCGUUGAAGGAAAGGCAGGAAUCCUGAUACUGAAAGGAAGAGAAAAGCUGCCUUGAGGAGGAAGAGGAAGAAAACGAGAGAGCAGCUUGUUAGACACAUGCCUAACUUGUGUACACGAAGCUGGUUACGUAUACAGAAAACAGAACAGAGAUACUGGCAACGUUCAAAGUCGCGAUUAUUUCAUCUUACUCAAUUCCCAGGAUAACAGUAUAAUUGUUCAACUCCAUACAACUCAGUCUUGAUAGGAUGCAAGCAAAAUGAUGUAUAGUGGACAAGAUUAACAGAAAUGUUAAUUUGAUUGGUCAUUUUGCCGUCAAGUUAUCAUGCGAGUUCCAUUCGUCAUGGCUUCGCUUGAUUGGCUGAUUGUCGCGGUAGCUAGUUUCACAAUAUUUCAAAUUAUGUUCCAUUAUUUAAGUGCAAGGAUAUCUAUAUUUUUCUGCAAGAGUUACCAGACAUUGACUGACAUUCAGAAGACUGAAUGGAACUCCAGGGUGGUGUCAACAUUUCAUGCACUGGUGGUUGGGCUGUUGAGUCUAUAUUUGCUGUGGUUUGAUGAUGCAGUUAAUGCCAAUCCUAUCUGGGGUGACCCUACACUGGUUAAAUUAAAUGUUGGUCUAACUACAGGCUACCUCAUUUCAGAUUUCCUACUUAUUUUAUGGUAUUGGGAAGCAAUUGGAGACAUAUAUUUUAUUAUCCACCAUUCAACAGCGCUAUAUGCUUACUACUAUGUACUGGGCCAAGGAUUGCUGCCUUAUUUUGCUAACUUCCGUCUGAUUGCAGAAUUUUCAACACCUUUUGUUAACCAGCGGUGGUUUUUUGAAGCAUUAGGUUAUCCAAAAACUUCCUUGCCAAACAUUAUUAAUGGGUUUCUGAUGACGGUGGUAUUCUUUCUGGUGAGAAUUGCUGUAAUGCCUCCAUACUAUAGCAAAAUGAUUUACACGUUUGGAACAGAGGCCUUUUACAAGCUUGGACUGCGAGCACAAUUUGCUUGGAUUGCUGCCAGCCUUUGCCUAGAUGUUAUGAAUAUAAUGUGGAUGUACAAGAUUGGAAGGGGAUGCUACAAAGUCUUGCUUGCCUGCAAGAAGCAGCAAGCAGACAUUCAGAAAAAUGGAAAACAACAUUAGAGAUUUGCUUUGCUUGUUAGAAUUUUAUUUUAAAACUCAGCAUUCAUGAUGGUGUUUCAUACACAACAGUGGAACCUUAGCCACAAACUAACGAUAUACUGUAUUGCACUAAAGAUUUGAUUCAUUAUGCAAAUGAAGAUGACCAUUGAAUUUUGGAACCUAUAAAUCUACAACAUUUACGAUGUUGCAACAGUGUCAUAUGUAAAUGAUACGUGCACUGAACAGCAAUCCCCUUGCUUAUUUAUACUCAUACAAGUAGAAGCUCUCAAACUGCAUCAAGGUAAAAUCCAACUUUGAGGAAUUUAUAUUUUAGGUUUUGCAUUUUGGAAUACAAUGCUUUGAAUGCCAUAUGCAAUUGUAGACCUGCAUCAAGAGCUUUCAUUGCCAUGAAGGAAGUUGUUUUUGCUCAUCUGAACUGCAAAUAACAAAUUCCUCUUCACUGAAAACUAACAAGAAUAAUUCACAUUUAUAGAGUGCCUUUGACAUAGGAAGAAAUCCCAAGGAAGCGAGACAUAUUGAAAACAGUUGCUCCUAUAGGAUUGGAAGAUCACUUUAUUUGCAUGCAUAAGUAGUUCUAAAACAUAACUUAUUUGGUUUUAAUAUUUAAAUUAUCAUUUUUUAUAUAUAGAAAAAAUAUUAGUAUGAUUUUUGAUUAAGAAGUCAUCACAUGAUGUGUUGUCUGGUUGAACUUAUGGUACAAAAGAGGUUACCUAAUCUUUGCUGUCUUAGGAAUCCUUAACUGUAACCAACUAGGCACGUAGUUGAAAUUUGUUUCUGUUGAAUCUAAAAAUAUAUUUAUGCAGAUUAAUUCAGAAUACUUUCAGCAAGUAAUCAGUGCUAUGUGAUUUUAUAAUUUAAUCUUGUACAAUCGUUAGUGAAGUGAUUGCAAAUUGUCAUAGCUUUGGGUUUUGAUUGAGUAAUUUUAAUUUGUAAAUCUACUUGUGUAGAAUUGUAUAUAUGAGUUUAAUUGAUUUUUCAAUUCUGUACUAUGUAGGAGAAUGUAACAGCCAUUAAGAUCUUAAUUUCACAUGAGGUAGAUGGAAUUAUAUGGUUUGUUUUUUUUUAAGAAAAAUCUAGCAAUAAUGUCCGGUGUAUGGUUUUUAUCACGUUCUUUAAUGAUUUCAUUUGUGUUGACCUACACACCUUAAUUUAAUCAUUAUCUUAAAGUCCUCCAACAUAACAUUAUUUCCAUGUUCGCAAUGUAGAAUUAAUAUUGAAGUGUUCUGUGUGAUGCUGCUUUAUUCUGUAAGCUAAUUCUAACUUUAUACGCUUUUUGUUGUAUGAUGAUUGCUUCAUUAGCUCACCAGGACUUGGAAAAUUGACUAAUUGAACCGUCUCCACAAUACUAGGUCUCUUGAUCUCAAAACACUUCUGAGAGCAGUUAUGUUAACUGAAUGCUUUAGAUGGAACCCAAUGGUAUGACUUAUUCAAGCUUAAUUGUUUGAGAAGUUCAAUGGAGAAAGUUGGAUAAAAUUGAUAUAUUACUGUAUUAA